GUCUCUGUGACCGCUUCUCACCUGGGCCUGCCGCCGCCUUCGCCGCUGGGAGGGUGCAGCAGCUGUCACAACUGCUCCGCCGAGUCGAAGGCAUCCACCACACCAGAACCAUGUCCUACGUUUUUGUAAACGAUUCUUCCCAGACCAACGUGCCCUUGCUACAAGCCUGUAUUGACGGAGACUUUAACUAUUCCAAGAGGCUUUUGGAAAGUGGCUUUGACCCAAACAUUCGCGACAGCAGGGGCCGAACGGGCCUUCACCUUGCAGCGGCCCGUGGGAAUGUGGACAUCUGCCAGCUGCUGCAUAAGUUCGGUGCUGACCUUCUGGCCACAGACUACCAAGGGAACACUGCCCUUCACCUCUGCGGUCAUGUGGAUACUAUUCAGUUCCUAGUUUCCAAUGGACUCAAAAUUGAUAUUUGCAAUCAUCAAGGUGCUACACCCUUAGUUCUGGCAAAGCGCAGAGGCGUGAAUAAAGAUGUCAUCCGAUUGCUGGAAUCUUUGGAAGAACAGGAAGUAAAAGGAUUUAAUAGAGGAACCCACUCAAAACUGGAGACCAUGCAGACAGCUGAGAGUGAAAGCGCCAUGGAAAGCCAUUCUCUCCUCAACCCCAACCUGCAGCAAGGCGAAGGGGUCCUGUCCAGCUUCCGAACCACGUGGCAGGAGUUUGUAGAGGACCUGGGCUUCUGGAGGGUUUUGCUCUUGAUCUUCGUCAUUGCUCUGCUGUCUCUCGGCAUUGCCUACUAUGUGAGUGGGGUGCUGCCUUUCGUGGAAAACCAGCCUGAACUGGUGCAUUAAAGGAGCUCAUAGAAGAGGAGGCACAUACCUGUUCUGGCUUCCAGUGUUUCUCAGUUUCUCAAGCUUGUUUUUGUGCAAGGCAGUGAGGGCUGUACAUGUUUUUCUUUUUUGCAGUUUUACAUAGUGUAAUCCUUUUAGAAUGACGUGUUCAUCUGAACUAACUACUUAGUGUAGUCAAGUAUACCGCAUCCCAAAGCUACCUCUAACUCCACGUGACUUCUUAGCAACACACAGUCUUGCUUGAUAAAAACAUGGAAGUGACUAAAGAAAGAAAAAGGAAGCCCUUGCUAUAGAAACCUUACCCUCAUACAGGACCAGCUAAAGCGAAGUGUUCAAAAAGGAAUUUUAGGUUUUCUUUUUUGAUUGGUUUUGAUUGGUGAUUUUGUUUUGUUCUUGUUUAUUUUUGCAAGAGCCUCUUUUUUUAUUUUACAGUCUCUGAGAAUAGACAGGAGAAUGAAACAUUCAGUUUAAAACUUGAAGUGCUUUUUUCAAAUCCUGCAUAGUAAAUCAGUAUUGUUGGAAUCUCUUUGGUUUAUUUUAACGCUUUCAAAUCUAGUCACAAACCAACUAGAACUUUUGAAAGUGAGCUAUAUUUUACUAAAGAAUGAUAGGUUUGAUCUUAUAUUUAUUUGUUUUAGAAUAAUUUUUUGUAAACUGCUUUACUUGUUAAUAUCUAUAAGAAAUGAAGAGUUCAUUUUGUUCACUUUUCAAUUUCCCUUAGUGUUUAUUUCAAGGAUGGUCUGUUCAUCAAAAA